GGCGCAAACCUGCGCGCGGGGCGCGGUCCUGUCGUUCCCCGCGGCCUCAGGGGCCGGACAGCCUACAGUGAGGCACCUGGGCUCAGGCAGCACCUCCCGCCUCGGGCCGGGACCUAAGGGAAGCCGCGCGCCUCCGACGUCAUCACCGGGCGCCGCUGCCUCCACCUUCUUCCACUUCGCGGGAGAAGUUGUUGGCGCGAAUGGGUCCCGAGCUCCGGUAACGGAUCCUGCAGCCGGCUGGCCUGCCCGCCCGCCCCUUACUCAGCGGGCUGCGAUGGAUAUUCGGAAAUUCUUUGGGGCUAUACCUAGUGGAAAGAACCUUGUAAGUGACUCAGUAAAGAAGAAUGAGAAAACAAAGUCUGCUGAAGAAACUUUAAAAACAAAGAAAGGAAUAAAGGAAAUCAAGGUAAAUAGUUCUUGUAAAGAUGACUCCAAACAGAAGCAACCAAAUAAGAAAAAGAGGAUCAUCUAUGAUUCAGAUUCAGAAUCUGAGGAGACAGUGCAGGUGAAAAAUGCCAAAAAGCAAGCAGAAAAAUUGCCAUUGUCUUCUAAACCUGGUAAAAUUCUACGCCAGGAUCCUGUUACAUACAUUUCAGAAACAGAUGAAGAUGACGACUUUGUGUGUAAGAAGGCAGUCUCUAAAUCAAAAGAGAAUGGAGUUUCUACAAAUAGUUAUCUUGGAGCAUCAAACAUGAAAAAGAAUGAAGAAAACACUAAGACCAAAAAUAAGCCUUUAUCACCAAUCAAACUUACCCCCACAUCAGUCCUUGAUUAUUUUGGAACAGGAAGUGUCCAAAGAUCAGAUAAGAAGAUGGUGGCAAGCAAAAGAAGAGAGCCUUCACAAAAUGAAGCCAUCACAGAUGAUUCCAGAUUAAAUGAUGCAGCCAUCGCCAAGCAAUUGCAACUUGAUGAAGAUGCAGAGUUGGAGAGACAACUGCACGAAGAUGAAGAGUUUGCCAGAACAUUAGCCAUGUUGGAUGAAGAACCCAAGACCAAAAAGGUUCGAAAGGACCCAGAAGAAAGAGAAACAUUUUCAUUGGUUCAAGCCAAUUUAAGUAAAGCAGAAAAGCAUAAAUAUCCAUAUAAAGUAAAAACAGAAUUUUCAGAUGAAAGAAAGAACUGUAGUCCUAAGAAGCAAACUAAAUGUGAAAGUUCAAAAGAAUCUCAGCAACAUUCCAAGUCAUUAGCUCACAAAAUGGAAGAAACUUCUUCUCCAAAAGCCAGUUCCAAGCUAGCACUUAUGAAAAAAAAAGAAUCAAGUUCUUCUAAAGAAGCAGGGCCUAUGGCUUCAAAAAGAAAAGAAAAUGUCAUUGAAUCGAAAGGACAGACAAAAACACCUAAGAAAACCAAAAGUUCUCCAACUAAAAAAGAGUCUAUAAGUCCUGAAGAUUCUGAAAAGAGGCGCACUAAUUAUCAAGCUUAUCGAAGCUACUUAAAUCGAGAAGGUCCCAAAGCACUGGGCUCCAAAGAAAUACCAAAGGUAAGGAGUAUUGAGAGGGCAGCAGCCUUGGGGACAAAAAUUACUGAUGAAGAUGGCUUGUUGAAUCUGAUUCGAACUAUGCCAGGCAAGAAGUCCAAGUAUGAAAUAGCAGUUGAAGCUGAGAUGAAGAAAGAAAAGUCCAAAUUGGAAAGAACACCCCAAAAAAAUGACCAAGGAAAAAGAAAAAUUAGUCCUACUAAGAAGGAAUCAGAAUCUAAAAAGAGCAGAUUGACUCCCAAAAGGAACAGCUCUACAAAGUCCAUAAAAAAGGACACAAAUGUGAUUUGGAGAGGCCUGGACUUCAAGGAGCAGGAGGCUGAGGAGACAAAUGGUGACAGCUGGGCUAGGAAUUUCACUGAUGAUGGCAGUGAAAACAAAGUGGAAAAUUUGCUCUGGGUGGAUAAAUAUAAGCCAACCUCGCUCAAGACCAUAAUUGGACAGCAAGGUGACCAGAGCUGUGCCAACAAACUCUUUCGCUGGCUCCAACACUGGCACAGGAGCCCAUCUGAAGAUAAGAAAUGUGGAGCAAAGUUUGGUAAAUUUGCUGGCAAAGACGAUGGCUCUAGUUUUAAGGCAGCGUUGCUCUCAGGCCCUCCAGGUGUUGGCAAAACCACCACAGCUUCUCUGGUUUGUCAGGAAUUGGGAUAUAGCUUCGUGGAACUGAAUGCAAGUGAUACUCGGAGUAAAAACAGCUUAAAGGAGAUUGUUGCUGAAUCACUAAAUAAUACCAGCAUCAAGGGCUUUUAUUCAGGUGGAGCAGUCCAUUCAGUAAGCAUGAGACAUGCUCUCAUCAUGGAUGAAGUAGAUGGCAUGGCAGGCAAUGAAGACAGGGGAGGAAUUCAGGAAUUAAUUGGCCUGAUAAAAAACACAAAAAUCCCCAUUAUCUGUAUGUGUAAUGAUAGAAAUCAUCCUAAGAUUCGUUCUUUGGUUCAUUAUUGUUUUGAUCUUCGUUUUCAAAGGCCUCGAGUUGAACAGAUUAAGGGUGCUAUGAUGUCUAUUGCAUUUAAAGAGGGUUUAAAGAUCCCACCUCCAGCUUUGAAUGAAAUAAUCUUGGGAGCCAAUCAAGAUAUCAGACAGGUAUUACACAAUCUGAGUAUGUGGUGUGUACGCAGUAAGGCACUAACCUAUGAUCAGGCCAAGGCUGAUUCUCAUAGAGCCAGAAAGGAUAUCAAACUGGGCCCAUUUGAUGUUGCCCGGAAAGUGUUUGCAAUUGGAGAGGAGACUGCUCAUAUGUCACUUGUGGACAAAUUAGAUCUCUUUUUUCAUGAUUAUUCAAUAGCACCCCUCUUUGUCCAAGAGAACUACAUACAUGUGAAGCCUGUAGCUGCAGGGGGUGAUGUAAAAAAGCACUUGAUGCUUUUAAGCAGAGCAGCAGAUAGCAUAUGUGAUGGCGACCUAGUGGACCGUCAGAUCAGAAGUAAGCAAAACUGGGGUCUUCUGCCCACACAGGCUGUUUAUGCCAGUGUUCUUCCUGGAGAGUUAAUGAGAGGGUACAUGACCCAGUUUCCCAGCUUCCCAAGCUGGUUGGGGAAGCACUCAUCUUCUGGCAAGCACAAUCGUAUUGUUCAGGACCUAGCACUACAUAUGAGUCUCAGAACUUACUCCAGCAAAAGGACUGUAAACAUGGAUUAUCUGUCACAUAUAAGGGAUGCACUUGUACAGCCCUUGACCUCACAGGGAGUUGAAGGAGUACAAGAUGUUGUUACUUGUAUGGACACAUAUUAUUUGAUGAAAGAAGACUUUGAGAAUAUCAUGGAAAUCAGCAGCUGGGGAGGCACACCUAGUCCCUUCUCCAGGCUGGAGCCCAAGGUGAAAGCAGCCUUUACAAGAGCGUACAAUAAGGAAGUGCACCUUACUCCGUAUGCACUGCAGGCGGUAAAGACAUCCAGACCCAGCACAGGCCCAGCCCUGGAUUCUGAAUACAAUGAUGAGUUACAUGAAGAUGAGUCUCAGUCCGAUGAGAAAGACCAGGAUGCUAUAGAGACUGAUGCUAUGAUCAAGAAAAAGACAAAAUCUUCAAAGCCUUCAAGAUCAGAAAAAGAUAAGGCGUCCAGAAAAGGAAAAGGAAAAAGUCCAAAGAAAUGAAACCAUUUCUCACUACUGACAGCCAUUUUUUACCCACCCUGCCAACCAGUCUGGCUGGUCUAGAGAAUGCCUCAUUUUUUUCCCAGCGGAACCAUGUUUUGGCAUAAUGGGGCGACCUAGUGGUCCCAUUAUAAAUAAAUGGUGGUAUGGCGAGAGGAUAUAACCAGUGGGCCGAUGCACACCUCUUAUAGAGGUUGGUAGGCCUGCUCGGGUCUUCCACUGUCCUCUUUCAAUCUGAUUAGAUUGUGCUUCCAAAUGUGUGUGAUCAGAAUCAGAAACUACAUGUGGGCUUUGAAGUCAGAUUUUAGUUAACAAUGGUAUGCCUGGGAACAGGGGUACUGAGGUGACUGGUAGGCUUAAGAAUUUAUCCUUAUGGCCUUUAUAGGACCAAUGCUGGUAUUUUUUUUUAAAAAGUAGUUACUAUUAUGUGGUGAAAUUUUGUAAAUCAUAAUACAGAACAAUCACCACCUAGAACUGGGUAUUUUUUGUACAUUGUCAAAUAUCUUACAAAAUAUAAAUUAGAAAUAAAAAUGUUCCACAUAUAUGUACAAAUUCUUAAGAUUAUCAUCUUGUACAGUAAAAUAUGUUGGUAUAUCACUUUCCUUAUUAAUUUGCAAAUGAUUAGAUAAAAAGCUAACUAUAUUUCUUAUUAACCCAUUGUGUGAAGCAUAACUUUGAUAGUUGAAGGGUCAGAACUUUUAAUUUCCAACUUUGUUACCUCUAUGAAUGCCACCAUAUCUCUGCUAUGAAGAGAAUCUCAUGGAGAGGCUGCCUUGUUAUUAUUAUUAGAGGGUAUGGGUGGUGGUAAGAAGAUUCUCAGACAUCGUUAUACUUCCAGACUCUCCACUCAUCAGGUCCAAACCAGUAGGGGUUAGGCUGGGGCAGACUCUUGAAUGUCACUCUUGGUUGGGACAAAGUGAACAGUGGCCUUUGUUUAGUUUGUCCCUGGGAGAUCUGGUUCUGCCUUGUGAUGGCUCCCACAGAGCCUGCUGGAACUUUAUAAUAUUGUACAAUAGGCCCUGAGGCUAUGAGACUAGCCUGGAAUUUAAGUGUCUAGCUAAUUUUUAGUCUUAGUAAAUGCUCAGAGGCAUGUGCUACUUCUGUGAGGUAUGUACUAA